AUGGUGACAUACACGGUGACAGUAACUACUGGAGGUAAGGUGUGGCAUGGCACAUUUGACCACAUCUUCAUCACCCUCUAUGGGACAGAGGGAAAGAGUGAACGCAAGAAACUCAAUAAAGCACCGGAGAUGAGCAGUGGUGUGGAAAAGGAGUACUCAGUAGAGUGCCCUGCCAAUCUGGGUAAUGUGCACCUGAUUAGCUUGGACAAGGAGCAGUAUCUCUUUUUGCCAGAUCAAGACUGGUGGAAAGAGCUGAUAGAGGGUCUCCCCCACUGCUUGGCAUUAGAGGACCCAAAGGCGCUCCCUGCUGAAUUUCAUUACUCCCUUGACAAGCGCUUGGACUUGCGGUUCACCACCACGAUUACGAUGGCUGAACUCAAGAUUAAAUUCCUGGCCACCAGCAAGAAGCCAUGGGGCAAGCUGGAUGAUAUAAAACAGGUCUUCUGGUGCUACAAGACCCAACUAUUUGACUAUGUGACCCUGCACUGGAAAGACGAUGAAUUCUUCGGGUACCAGCUUCUCAAUGGGGCCAAUCCCAUGAUGAUCCAACGCUGCCAGAUGUCGUCUCUACAAAAGUUUGCAGGCACUGCGGACAUGGUGAAACCUUUUUUGGAAGGAAGUACACUGCUAGAGGAAAUACAGAAUGGCAAUAUCUUCCUGUGUGACUAUUCCCGACUGGCUGAGGUGCACCCGAAUGUCAUCAACAUGCGAAUUCAGUACAUCCCAGCACCCUUCUGCCUGCUGUUCAAAAACAAGGCGCACAAAUUGUUACCUAUCGCUAUCCAGCUCCAGCAGGAGCCUGGUGAAAAAAUCCCGGUGUUCUUGCCCAGUGAUGAAGAGGAGGCCUGGCUCCUGGCCAAGACACAUGUGCGGGCUGCUGACUUCAUUGAGCACCAGUUCAACUUCCAUUUGCUGCGCACACACCUUCUGGCAGAAGCCUACAUCAUCGCAACACUCCGUAAUCUGUCCUCAGCUCACCCCAUUUACAAGCUGCUGAUUCCACACAUGCGUUUCACACUCUAUGCCAACACUCUUGGCCGAGAGAAGCUAAUCUCUGAGAAGGGAGCCAUCAGUAUGUACACAUCCACAGGUAGCACUGGCAUGGUGGAGGUGAUGAAGAAAGCCAUGGAUGACCUGAAGUACAGCUCUCUCUGUCUGCCAGAGGACAUCCGUGAACGUGGCAUGGACGAAGUGCCCAAGUUCUACUACCGAGACGACGGUCUGCUGGUGUGGGGUGCCCUCAGCAAGUACGUGAAGGGUGUUAUAGCUGUGUUCUACUCUGAUAUGGAGGUUCCAGUAGAUCAAGAACUGCAGGACUGGAUCUCAGACAUCUACAAACAUGGCUUCCUGGAGAAGGCCAGCACUGGUGAGAUUAACAGAGAGACAGAGAAAGAAAUGAGAGGGAGAGAGAAAUGA